AUGAAAAAGACUGUGAUGUUUGCCGCAUUCGUCGCUGUGUUAAUUAUGUUAUUUAGAACGACUGCUGGACACCCAGAAAAAGCUUGGCUAGAAGAGAUGAAAGCAAACGCAGCUAAUAAAAAACUGAGGUAAAGGGCAUUUUUAAUCUAAAUUCUUUGUGAUUUGAAUGUGUGCAGCUUCAUUCAUAAGUAGGAGCUGUCAUUUUAAAUUUGAUACAAUUGAAACUAAGAGAAAAGUAAAUACAACUGAUAUCAUGGAUUAGCAAAUCUGGUCCAUCUACAAGAAUAGGUUAAGUUGAGGGACUGUUUCCUCAGCGCUUAAAAGGGCAAUCCCUUUCGAACAUUUCUUCCAUUUGAACCCCUUUUGAAUUAUUUACGUUUUACGUAUUUAAGAAACGACAGUCAUAAAAAUAGUUGGCCCUUUUCUCAAUAAUACAAAACCCAGGACCUACCUCUUAGUUACAUUGUAUCUUUUGUUUUUUGUAGUCUGUCAGAUAUGAUUUUAAAGCGACCUCAUCGGCGUGACAUAAAAGUCAAACGUUCUGCGAGAAGAUUCAAACGAUGGUGGUGGUGCGGGCAGACAAAUCCAAAGCUACCUGGCUGCCCUAAAAGCAAAAAGAAACGUCCUUGAGUCAAGAGCACAAAGUAAGUCGAAGAAAAACACUAAUUAACAGUUUUAAUUAUUUGAGUUAUUUGUAUAUGCCAACUAAUCUUUCCUUUCGCAUUUAAAAAAAUCAAAAAGGUUAUUUAUUUAAGUGUCAACGCACUUAGUCAUUACAGAAGAAUUAAUUAAGGUCUAUUGAACCCUUUUGCAGAACGAAGGCAGUGCCUUCCUUAUUUCUCAGUUAUUUUAAGACCCUCAGUAUUGGUCCGUCCCCGAGGUAUUGAAGCCGCCAACCCUCGCUUUACAGUCAAGCGCUCUUCCUUUAUAGCAGGUCCUGCCAAGGUUAACAAGCCUAAGUAUAACCGUAAACGUAAAGAAGAUAAAACCAUUAGCACGUGCGAAAAAUCCUGACUUCUUUUUCGACAAAAUAAUCAAGGCUCAAAUAGCUUACUCCAUUUGCACACCUCUAAAUAGGCACUACGUCAGGUAUUUUACACGCCGCGCCGCCGGAUCAAGGACGGUUUCAGAUACAGUUCAAAUCGUAAUGCCAGAACGGGUGUAAAUAAACAAUAAAACCAGUUUAAAAAGCGUCCGGAGUGGAAAUGGUGUUUUGCACGAGAAAUGUGCCGGAAACGUUUUUUCAUAGAGCAGGAAGGCUAACCGCGGAUGAAAACUUAGCAAAGUUAGAGAAUAAUCUAAUACACCCGCGUAUAAGAACCUAGGUUUUUCCAAGUUAGCCUAAACAGGUUCUUAUAUAAAUGGUAUUUAGUGUAAAAUUAGGCUAAGUAGGUUCUUAAUUAGGUUCUUAACUUUUGUCCAAGAAAUAAAGCUGAAUUUUUAAAUGAUCUGGUGUUUAAUGUCCAAAAACAGUAUUCUUGGAGGCUUCGUUAAGCAAAAUACUAUACUAUUUUAAUCUGAUUCUGUUACAAUCAAACCUAUGGUAAAGUUUUAUGUAACCAUGCUAUAGUGUUUACAGUAUUAUUGCAUACAGACUGUGUUAUAUAUAUACAUUUUUUUUUUGAGAAAAUUUCUUAAUUCUAUAUUUUUUUUUUUGAAAAUAAGAACCUGUUUUAGGAUUUUAGCCUAAAAUGGUUCUUAUGUGAAGGGUGCUUAAAAAUGAAAUUUUAGCCUAACAGGUUCUUAAAUGUUAGGUUCUUAUACGCGGGUUUUUACUGUAACAUACAGGAAUAACAUUCUGGCGAUCGCGACAGGUAAUUAAGAGAUCUAAAGGGUAAUAAAAACAAACGAGGCCUGUGGUUGUUGUGUUCAGUACGUUUCCGCAGAGAAUUUUUUUGUUUAUAAUGCAGUCAAACCUCUGACACAGAAUUCUGUUUAUAGGAGACGGCUAGUUUGAUUUGAUUUGUGUAAUGUUGGGCAUACCGAGAUAUUACAGAUCAAUUUUUGUCCGCAAAAUUUAUUUUUCAGCGGAGGAAAAAAUGGUCUAGUAGCUUGUACUGACUGGAGAGAGCUUUUACCAGAGGUUAUCUAUGGGUUCAAUGUGGGCACAAAACCACGCCUUAGUUACCUUGUUUAUUUAGAAAACACAAAGGUGUAGAAAGGGGUUGUUAUAUCCAAUUAACGGUUCUUUUUUCCUGCCAGCAGACUGCAUGAAAGGAGAGUAAUCCUGUAGGCAACAGAUCUCAAGACGAAAAGGAGCUUAUGGAAUAACCAGCUUGGGAUCAGAAAAUAUUUUAUUUAUAGUGGAAUUCGUGAUCCACAUUGUAUUUUAAAAACACACAUAAGUAAAUAAAAUUUAUACUGGAUAAAGAUUUGUGCACAAAAUGUUUUGCACGGUACAGUCUGACUUUUUAUGAAAAUUUGCAAAUAUGUUAAUUCCCUUUAUAUGACAUAAGCAAUACCUGUAAUAUGUAUAUUUAUUUUUAAGUUUUAGUUAUGUAAUUGGUUAUUUAUUAGACACAAGAUAUUAAAAUAUUAACUAAAAUAUUCUGAUAGUAGUUUGAUGAAAUUCAACGACGUGAUAAGGGGUUUGGUAUACAGCUAUGGAACGUCGGAAGCGAAAAUUUGUCGCUUGCUCUGUUAAAAAUUUACAUGGCUUUUUCGUAAAAUCUACCUGCCGGGGUUGAUUUUACCCAUAUUUCCUCCCGUCGAAAACAGUACGGCGGACUAAGUCGAAAAAAAACCAGCGCCAAGUUCAAAUUUUUGAGGCUACGGUCGGGGGGGGGAUGCUCAUUCGUCUCAAAGGCGUGUAAAUUUCGGAUUUUGGUCUCAUUUAGGGUAUUCUUAAAAAUGCCAUCAUAUUUGGAACAAAUUUUAGCCACCGUGAAAAAAUACAAAAAUAUUUAUAUUGUCUGUGUUUUAACAUGGUCUCUUUUAGGGGUCAAAUAAAGCUUGGGCCACGCCCAGAUCGGUCUCCUUUAGGGGUUUAAUUCAAAAUUUCCGACGAGCAUCCCCACCCCUUUCAUAAGCGGGGUGCCCCCCCGGAGCUACGGUUCACUAACGGCUCAAUGUUUAGAACUAGAUUGACGUUCUUUAGGAAGGAGAGUCUUCGGUCUACGGUCUACAAAGAAAGGGAGCGAUUUGAGUCGAACGAAGGUGAAUUUCUGAGCUUUUUCUCAGGAAUUUUUUUUUUGACACUUUAUUGGGGAUGGCUCCUGACUGGGGCAAGAAUGCAAUUAUGACAGAAUUUACAAGACGACAUAUUCUUAAAGAAAUAAAAGUUAUCAAUUAUAGUUACAAGGAUAAUUAAAAACAAUUGUUGAUCCCUAAAAGGGCAAGUGCAAACGGGACCCUAGUCCCAUGCAAGCUAGGCACCACCCGGUUGUUACUUACAAUUACAACUUCAAUUUCAAAGCUGUUAAAAGCUCAUUUACCCUUGAAAAAAAAUGAAUUCAAACCCUAGAUGUACGUUAAAAACAAAAGUUAAUAAAAAAGUACAAGAAUGCCGAGUUUUUAGUUUUCCUUAGAGAACCAGAAGAUCAAUAUUAUACUUGCUAAUGGUGCUCAUAAUGCAGGAUAACAGUAAGAAAACAACACAAAGACAUCUCUUUAUGAGGUAUGUAUUUUAAAAUGGCAGUACCUUGUUCCAGCAGAACGGAAAACCCUUAGACUGCAAAACAGUCCGUAUUUUUGCGUAUUCAAGUACGCGCGAGCAAUCAAACAAAAGGUCGGGAACGAGGCUGAAAACAGAGAGCGAGACUGGAGAGAGACGCUAACAAUAUGGUUUUUUUUGUGAGGCUCGCGCGCUUUGGGCGCGUAAGACUCUUACGCCACGCUUUACCGAUUUCUUUACUGAUUUUGAGAAAAAAACCGACUGUUUUGCAGUCUAGAAAACCUUAUAAUUUGACUUCGAGUCGCCCCAUAAAGUUAAGGGAAUCCGGAUUCCAGAAUAAGGGAAGUUUUCUGCUUGUGGAGUCCAGAACCCGGGGCUUUGGAAUCUGGAAUCCACAAUCCACUGUUUUGGAUUGCCUUACAGGGGGCGACCUCGAGGGUCCUUCUUCUUGUGAGCCUGGGUACCCUGUGGAGAAAAUAGGGGACCUUACAAAACUACAACGGUGACGGCAACUGGAACGUCACAGAAACAAAAAUUGUACAAACUACAACAUAAAAUGACCAAAUUUGAACUUCUCUAGAGAACGUGCACGGCAAACAAAGCGAGUAUCCAUUUGAGCUCUGAAGUAGUACACUCUUCUCCGCUCCAGCUUUGAAAAGUCUGGACGUGUUGGAAUAAUCGCGAAAAAGUUUGAAAGGACCCGAAGUCAGUUAAUUCAGUGACGGGCGGCUUUCACUGGCGUCGCCAUCGUCGGACAGUAAGGUCCCUAAGAAUGACAUGUGAUAAAAGUCAAAUUUCUUUCUCUUUCUUAAUCUGGGUGCGGUCCCUAGGAAUUCAGCUCCUGGAACUUUCACCUACCUGAGACUUUUGCAAAAGUCGCGGCGACGUUUGAAAAAUUAUGCGCAUUCAUUUUAAUAGUGACGUUUACGCUGCGAAAGCUCCCUAUCAUAGUUGAUUUACCGGCAGCGGUGCAUUGUUAUUUGAACCUCGUGGAACCACUAAACUUCAAACAAGAAAACUGAACUAGAACUUUGAAAAUAGCACUUAAAAUCAGUGGCGGAAAUGGUCCGCCUUUCCAGAGUGACAUCCCCUGUUUCUAAACCAAGAGGUAAAGAUCGAAAAAAGGGAAGCUUUGAAUAGGUUGAAGAUAAAUUGUACCGUCAUACGAUCGUGUUGUAGAGUUAUUUUACGUUAACUUUCAAGAUGAAUAUGAUCAGAAAAUGAUUUAGGGAAAGGUCAUUGCUCUUGAUCUAAGUUUUGAAAAGCUAUCUGCUGAAGUUCUAUCUUACUCGAAAGCCUGAUUGUUAGUCUUGUAGAAGCGAAAACGCAAAUGAGACAAGGAAUGAGACAGUUUUGAGUUAAGUGUCCUUAGCGUUACUCUUUGUGGCUACUGUAAGAUUAAAAGCAUCGUGUUCACUUGCAUAAACUUUUCAAAUACCACAUUCGGUUCUGACAGACAGUUUUGACAAGAAAGGAAAUAUCUCUGUGACCCCAUUUAGUCUGUAAUCUUCAUAUCAUCUAUAAUUUGAAGUUCGCUGACGACUCUUUUGUAUUAACACUACUGAGCCACACUGAGAAGGACGAUGUGCGAUGCGCAAAGGGGUGUUUAGAGUGUUUAGUUUUAUCAUUUGAAAGAAAGCGGAAACUCAGAAGCCAGUUUUACCAAACGAUACUGACGCCGAUAUUGCACGGAUAUUGUCCAAUACUCUGACAGCUCUGCUUGAGGUAUGUACCCGGUCUAUUUGAAUGAGCGCGUUCGUAGAUUUUACUUCUUAUUAUUCCUUUUUUUGUCUCGCCGGUUUGGCCGAAAACCUUUUUGUCAUUACUCGGUAAAUUUGUCCAUUCAAGCCGUUUUUAUUCAGUGUCCUUGUUAUUACGAAAACCUUAAUAAGUUAACUAGAAAACGGAUAGUGGGACAAAAGUUUUAUAUCAAAAUUUUUUAGUUUUAUCAUUUGUUUUUAUUCAGUGUCCUUGUUAUUACGAAAACCUUAAUAAGUUAACUAGAAAACGGAUAGUGGGACAAAAGUUUUAUAUCAAAAUUUUUUUUGCAUAAAUGCAUAAUUUUCAUUUAAGGGUGAUAGUUACAAACAGGAUGAAACAAGCAAAUGGGUCUAAUAUAACUUAAUCGCUGCUCUUGGGCAAUACUUUGAACAGACCGCAGCAUUUUUGACGAACUUAAACAGUUUGGAAUUUCAUUGUGAAGCUUUAUCUUAAACUUUAUCAUCAAACUAUGCUCAGCCCUCAAGAGAAUUUUAUCAUAAAUGGAAUCAGUCGAAAAGGGUUUCAUCUAUAUUAGUAUAUCCGGCCUUCACUGCCGGGAACGCACCAGCAGAAAUGGGUAAAUCACUGUAGAAAAAAAAUUGUUGCUGCGUGUCUUCAAUGAUUUCUCUUUCAGUUCAUACUUGAGCAUUGUCUUAAUUAUUUACAACAUAGCGGGCUGAAAUCUAUAUCAAUCAAUUUUAGAUAUUAGUUUGCUUCCUGCAAUAAAAUUCCAGCAACAUAUUUGAUGGGUACUUUUUUUGCGGCCUCAGUAUUACGUGGCAAUUUUUUUUUAACCUCGCGCCAUAUGCCAAACUAAACUAAGGAAACAAAAACUACUACGUCUUUUGAUAGUGCUACUAAACGCUUAUCAAACCCCUCAUAAUCACCGUGAGGUUCGACAUUCAAGCUUUAACUGUUAUUUUAAGAAAAACCAAAGGCGUAAGAUUAGAAAUUAUUUUUCUCCAUUGGUGAAAAUGUCUUAAAUAAUAUUCUUUUGUUUUGUUAAAACAACACAAAAACAAUUUGCCAACAACUCGUCCAUUUACUGUGGUCACAUGACCAUAAUUGUUAAGACAAGGACAAUCUUCACUCAGCGGAAAUCUUUCAAUCUCAAGCAUUUUCUUGCUUCAGCUUAGAGACUCGACUACAUUAGAUGGACCUGUAAGCUGAUUUCAAAUCAUCAUAAAACAAAAUUAACUAAUGGCUUAAAUGUAAGACGGGUAUUGUUGCCAUAAACAUCCAGUUAAGCCACCCUGAGUUAUCUUUUGUCUUUUUUUUUAUGAUGAUGAUGAAAGAUUUUUGUACACGGCAACAAUCUUUCGCUAUUGUAAAGUAAAAUCGUAAAGUUAAAAGGUGGAUUAACGAACUUAUCUUGUGACCUUCACAGAUUCAAAACAAGAUAUGCGUCAGUUUUAUUUUCCACACCCAACGAUAUGAAUAGAUAACAACGCCAAAAUGGAACUAUUGACAAAAGCAAACUGUCUGUGAAAACCUAGUUCCAAAGUUUGCCUGGGAUAAAUACUAUCAGUCGGGUAUUAUUCCUGGCAUGGUUUAUAGUCAGCGUCACCCGGACAGAAGAUUGCCGAGUAUUCUGAGAAAUUAUGGAUACCAGAUGUUUUCCUGUGAUGGACUAAUGUAUGAAAUAUACUUGGCACGUUUAUCGGAAUGAAAUAACCUUUUGACAAGUUCAAUAUUACAUUACAAGGUUCUUUGAUAUGAAAAGGACCACUUCGAUAUAAUUUUAGUAUCUGGAGCUAAAACAAUUCUCUUAAGGGUGCUUGAAUGACUUAGUUAAAAGCGAGUGAUUGUGGGAAAAGGUGAGAUGACUUUUGUUGAUUUAUUCGUAAUAGUCGGUGCACGAUUAGAAUCAGUGGUCCGUUGUACCAGCGAAAAAAGAUCUCUCGGCUCUCCAGUAGCGCCUCACUUAACGGAGUGGUUUGAUCAUUUGCUCAUUUGUUUUACAAACUUUAAGUACCCUUUACUAAGCAUCCUAACCGAUAGGAUAAAAGAAGCAUAAACACCCAAACGCCAUAAACGCAUACAAAGAAGGGGCCUCAGCUAACUUUCCACCACUGAUGACGAGCUCUCUCCACACUCUUGAGCAUGCUCUUGUGUGACUGAAAUAACUGGAGCGUUUUCGGUUCUGAAGACUACCGUCUGAAUAAUCUUAAGUAUACCUCGCGUAGCAAAAACGUUCGGCUGCUCCUGGCAAAACACGAAAGUUGUGGCUUAGCACAGGAAAAUUAUUGCUUAGACAGUCUUUCGCACUUUUCUUUCAAUUCGCUAAAGCUGGUCAAACUAAUACUUGUUCAAUAGAAAAUGGCAUGGAUCGUGAAAAUAUUCAUAAAAUGCCUUGUGUAGCUUACGUUCAAUCUGUGUAUGAGAUCGAGGAUGAUUUUAAUCAGCAACAGCAACAGCUCAAUAUGCUUCCCCCAGUUUAUCUUCAGCAUGUGUAUAUUAAGCUGUUUUUGGCGCUGUUCCUGCGGUGUCUUUUCUUGAUCAAAUGGUACUGGUGUAUAUCAGUAUUCACAACGCCCCUUCUAAAUUUGUUUCAACUGCUUCGGUUUUUAAAACUUUAUACAAUGUAAACUUUUAGUUUGGAGCCUGCAUGGUUUGAAGUCGGUUGGUUUACGGGAUCAUUGAGGUAAAAUUUUUACAUGAUACACAUCCUUACAUACAUUUGUACAGUUCCUUGUUUAAACACGACUGAGGCCAUUGUGAAUAGUUUAACUGAUUUGGGGAAAUGCUACUAAUAUCAGUAGUGACGAUAGCGGAUAUCCCUUUUAUGGAUGCGUUUUAACUGAGGGAACCCUGAAAAUUUACUGUUAGCAAAGAAUACGGACUUUGCAUUAGCUAAGAAAUUUGAUCAUGUGGUAAAAAUCAUUACAGUAAUUGGCAGCUGAACCAUGCUCUGGACAUCGUAUGGUUCUUAUAAAGGCUUUCAGUUAGAUUUAAAUUUUCCUUGACGAAAAUUCCAAUAAAAUUGAAACUUUUCUUUAAGCCGUUCAUUUGUACCGCGGCAGUGUUAGCUCAAUCGGUAGAGCGCGUUGAUUGCAGAGCGGGAGGUCGCGGGUUCGAUUCCUGGGGCCGGACCAAUACUCAGGGUCUUAAAAUAACCGAUAAAUGAAGGUACUUCCUUUGCACUGCAACAGGCUAGACCUUCGCGUGGCUCGGAUGAUCACGUAAAAUGGCGGUCCCGUGUCCAGUUGGAGACGUAAAAUAUAGUGUCCCCAAUUAUUACUUUCGUGCUAAAUACAUUGACACUCAAAUAAAGUCAUUUUUUUCUUUCUUUUUUUUUUUGAUGACAAACGUAAUCAUAUUCCUUUCGUCACCCAGUUGACUUUGGUAAUCAAAAACUCACGUUCGUGCGACCAAAUAUCGUAUUGGCCACGUCUACAAACGAUAUUCAAGAGUGAUUCGUUCCAGUUUUUCCGAGCUUAUCUGUCAAUAUAUACAGUCACAAAACAAGUCAUUUCAAACUUCUAAGGGGAAAGACAGUUGAGCAAAAAGGCUUGAGAAAAACUGGAUGAUGAUAUUCAAACUAGAAAAAAAUUCACAUCAUCCAUGAUGUUCUGGAGCACUGAUUAAAGCUGAGCGCACCAAGGGGAGAACAGGAUAACUGGAAAAAGGAAAUUAUCUUGGAGUACCGGCUCUUAUUGAUUGACAUCAUUGAACUUGCUUUUAUUUCAGUUUACUGCGACAAUGAAACUCUUUACAGUCACAUUGACCAUUUUACUUUUGGUGUCUGUAACAUUCAUCAAUUCACGACGGAAUCCAACAGCAAUCCCAGACUGCCCUGCGUGCUGGUGUAAAAGCGCGGGAGACUGUCCAGAUCCUAAAUACGCAUGUCCCUUAGUCAGUAACUGUAAAACCGCUGUGGUGAAAGAUAGGUGUGGCUGCUGUGAUGUGUGUCUUAAAGACAUAGGAGAAGCGUGCAGGAGAGAGCCUCUGGAAAAGGAAGAUGCAAUGUGCGACAAAGGAUUGAGCUGUAGGCGAAGCGAUGAUGCGUGGUAUUGCGAAAAUAUGGAACCCAGUAAUGUAAAAGUCAGCAGAUGUGAAAAAGGUCAGUGUGUGUCCAAAAUGCAGACAAUGAAAUAAGAAAGGUUCAGUAUCACGAAAUUAAUGUUGGGAUGAUAAAUUUCAGCAUCAAUUUUUUAUGAAGUUAAGAACUUCACAAAUUAGCACCAUGAUUUGAACAGAAUUUAGUUCACGCUAUAUAUAAUGCAGUAUGAACUCAGUAACCAAGAACUUUGCAACACCAAAAAUCUUAACCUUAUACAUAAAUGGAGCGCUUUUGUUAAUCAUUUUGAGUACGAAAUGCAAAAAUAUACCUUAAGAUGUAAGAUUUAAAAUCUCCCGCAAAGGACUGCGUUUAUAGGAAAUUUUUUUCGAUAUAUUUUUUCUUAUCUACGAAUUAAUUAUUUCAGGACGUUUUACGUCUUCAAAGCUGUACAUUUCGGUAUCCUUUUCCCCCGUUUAGUGUGUAGAAAUUUGCUAGGACAUCAAUUUUCAAGUUAGUUUUCAUAUUUAACAUUAAACCGUCUUUGCUAAUAAUCUUGAUUCUUUUAUUUUUUCGUUUUUCCUAAGAGGAUAAAAACAGAUGUUAUGACCUACUUACACACAAAUUUUACCGACCGGGAGAGAUCUGGGUACGAGGCGAUUUUGCAUGCACUGCAUGUACCUGCAAAAGAAAUGGUCAGUUAAACUGCUGGGGAAUAACAUGCAAUGUUCCUGACUGCAAACAUACUAUUCGUGAGGAGGGAAGGUGCUGUAGAGUUUGCUUGGACACUGAUCCUAAAAAAGGUAAGUAAUAAACAUUUUGUUGGAUUGGCCAGACAUAUUAGAGGAAGAUAUGAGAAAUAUGAUAAUUCAAUCAAUGACACAGGCGGCUCGGAAGGUAUCACUGACUGAACAAACAUCUUUGUCAUGUAUUCACCACGCUUAAAAUUUACCAUCAUAUUUGUAUUGAGAGAAUGACGGUGUCCUUAUUCUUAGCAUGCUUAUAAAAAAUGUUGGAAUUGUUUGUAGUUAAUUCUUGAAUAUGGAUUUACCAAAUUUAAACUGUUUACACAUUUUUUCUUUAGUGUGCAGAUACAACGGAAAGAAAUACUUUCAAAAUGAAAUCAUUGUGCUAGAAGACCAUCGCUCCAUCUGGUGAGUAGUAUGUGCCUGGUUCACAAAAUAUUAAUUUACAAUAGUUAAACUGAUGAGAGUAUGAUAUCAUCCUCUGCAAUUAACAUCCGUACCAUGAUUUUCAGCGCAUCACUGCAUUGUUUUGAAGUGCUACAACAUUGUUCCAACAUUUUUGCCCUAAAACUGAAUCGUUUCUUGUAAAAUCGCCUUUUACAACACACAUCAGUAAUGAUGAUUGCUACUGUCUCUCGGCUAAUCGUUUUUUUGUCCUCUUUCGUGGCAGCAAAUGUGUUGAAUCAGAAGGAUGGGUGUGCCAACAUGAUAACAAUGCCAUGAUUUCUCUCAACGGUGAGAUCAAGAAUGAGUGCAAUAUUAUUAGAAAGUCGUGCAUAGAGGUGAACUUGGCACCACUACCGUGAAAGGAUCCUUAAGAGGCUUGCCUUAAUCAGUAUCCAGACUAUUUGUUUAGCAGAUUUUGGUUAUUUCAACGAAAUGUAGGCGGUGUUCACGACUGAAAACGUGGUCUUCGACCAGUUUUUAUUGGGCCUACGUUUAUUAUCUCGGUGGAGAAAAACGCUUAUCUAGAGAAAAAAAUUUAUCCCUGAUAAAACUUAAACGAGGGGUUAAUCAGUAUCGCUUUAGGGGCCGUUUAUUAACUGUCUCCCCACCCAGCAGCAAUCCUGACGUCAUUCGUCCUAUAAUCCCUGGAGAUGAGGCAGAAAAAGCCCCCUGUGAGUGCCAUAAAGGUGAUGUUGCACGGGACGAAUCACAACGACGAUUUUUAACGCAACGUAAAGUUGCAACAUUGUUGAAAUAGCUGCAACAUUGUGUCAACAUUGCAACGCCGUGUUCCGCUAAAAAUCGUCGUUGUGAAUCGUCCUGUGUAACAUCACUUUAAAACUCGUGACAGCGGGGGGAAUCACUAUACAUUAACAAUAAUGCCUCGUCAAAAGUACCGCAUCUAACUUUUCCUUUUUUGCAACGGUGUUUAUGAAGGAACUAUAUUGCAUAUUUAACAGAGCGGCCAAAAUGUGUAGAUGCUCUCGCAGAUGAGAUGUACAAGAAAGGCGAUAUAUGGAGCCUCAGUGAAUGUGCUCAUUGCUUGUGUGGAGAUUUUCAAACUGGUAACUGCUCAUCGGUUAGCUGUCCCAUACCUCUGUGUGGCGAUCCCUUUAAAAUGAAGGGGCGAUGCUGCCUGGUUUGCCCAAAGGACUACGCUAAAGGUGGGUUAUGUCCUGUGCAAUGCUAGAAUACCUUGAAAUCAAUGUAAAAACUUUUAUUUUUGUUUUGCUUUCUUUAGUUUGCCACUUUGAAGGAGUUAAGUAUUUUCAUGGCGAACUUCUAGUACUUCCUGACAGAUGUACAUUGUGGUAAGUUUAUUUCUUACUCAUGCAGAAGUUUUUGUACUUAAUAAUAACAAUAAUAAUAAUGAUAAUUAAUAAUUACUGCACGAGUGCGAGUUGAAUAUGAGUUGGCUAUAAUCUUCUUAUAUCCAACAAGCGCGAGUGGAAUAAUUGAUUUAUUAAAAACGCCGACAACAUAUCGAGAAUUCUUCCCGACUUUAUUUGUAAAAACAACCGAUUUUCAGCUGGUUUUGAAUUUUGAGCAGACGAGUACAGCUGCCAUAUUUGGACAGCAUGGUAUGAUGGCUGAUAUACCAUGAUGGCUGAGCCAAUCAGAGCUCUAGAAUUGCAUUAUGCAACGAUUCAUAAUAAACUUGUGUUUUGAAGUACAGUCUGACUCUGUAGAGUUGUUGUCGAGUUUGAAUCUGUCUUGUCCUCAUUCAGUUUCAAGGUUUACUCUGGAUAACCUUUAUCAGUAAGUUUUCAUCAUGCAUCAACGGUUUUGGGCUCGUCGAUGGGAUUUUCAGGUUUAAAUUGCAGAGGCGUAGCGUCCCUUACGCAAAUACGCACGCGCGUACUUGAGAAAUUGGUAGGAUUUUUCUAAAGAUUUUCUGUUUUAAGUAAAAGCUAUUUGUAGUGUCUUGACUUGACUUUGUAUUGUGCAGAUUUGUUCCUUUCUGUCUAGCUGUUAUUAUAAAUUCGAAACACUGUUUGCCUUCAGGCGAUCCCACAAUAUAUUGCGUACUCAUGAAAAUCGGAACAGAAUCGACCCUGCCUGAUUAUCAUUCCUUUUAGAUUUUCUCUCUCUCUCUCCCCCCAUAAAUAUCAAAAAAGUCUAUCAAAGACUACUUUAAUGUCGCUCAAAAGAAAAAUCAUGGACCAAACCAUGUCGACGAUAAUCCACGUAAGCUGAAGCAAACUAUUCGGUGCACGUUUGGAGUGGUAUCAACAAGAAUUUUGCAGGAAAUUUACUCCUAGCGAACAGAUGUCCAAAGACAAACUUUGUAGAUCGAGGUAUUCCGAACAAUUGAAAAUAAAUAAAUGCUGACUAUUAAUAGUUCCUUUCCCGUGCUCAUGAACGAAAUAAGGAAAAAACUCAAAAAGUCAGCAAAUUACUAAGCGUGCGGAAAAUUUACAAAAACAUGCACAUACCGCAAUUCUUUCAACCGAUGCUUUUAAACUCCAAAUUUCUGUACAAAAUAGGCGCCUUAAUUGCCUUGUGCUGGUAAACAUUCCUGUACCAGCUCAAAGAACAACGUUUUAAAAGCUUUGUUUGUUUUGAUGCCACCUUCUAUUGUAAACAAGCCUAUAAACUGCCAAUAUUUAUAUCAAAGGAAAGUAUAAACGUUAUUUUGUGGGAAGUUUUUUAAACCAUAUAUGGACCCAUGUGGGUACUUGUUAAAAUGGUCACGCCCCUGAAUUAUACAUAGAACUGUAUAUCGUUGCCAUAAGCAUGGCACAGUAGGUGGGAGAUGUAGUGUAUAUAAUAAAUAAGCUGUAGCCUUGUGGUACUCCAGCACAUGGAAGAUCGAAUAUGUUUAUACACCAUUAUAUGUCAGUUGAUACUCGCUGACAUCUACGGCACAAGGAAAAAUAAGACGCGAACCGAACCAUUUAUACGAGCAUAUCUUAUCUGACUCUUCUGUAUACUUAAACUUACUUUUAAAGUGUAAGUAAAAAAUACGAAGAUAGCAAUUUGAUUAGUAAAUAUAAAUUGUGAUAGUUUAAAAGGGUCUACUUACACCAGCAGAUGUCACGCAUUUGUCCAGGAGGUCUGUUAUCGCCUUCUCCUUACAAAAUAGCAAAAAAUCUUUUUCCUCCGCGAUGGACCAAGCCUGGUUUCUUUUUACCUUUAAUAACAGCGUGCUCAUUAUAUUUGAGCGAAGAAAAAUUAAAGCAGAAUGGGCAAGGAAACGAAAACGCGUUGUAAUUUGUAAACAAUUUUUUCCCGCCAGUGGCCUGCCAGUCCACCCGGCAAGCGAUAAUUUUCCCGCCAAAAAUUAACGCUUGCGUACUUCGCGUUCACGUCUUAUGUAAGUAUCUAAGAACAAGUGUUAAGGGCUGUUCUAAAAUAAGACGCGUCUUAGCUAAGCCGAGUCUUAUUUUAGACGAAAUGUACCGUUUAUACGGAAAGUUCGCGUCUUAUGUAAGACGCGUCCUAUUUUUCCUCGUAUAAAUGGCCUCCCUAAUGUUAAAUCCAUGCCAGUGUCUGAUAUCCUCCAGGCGAAAUGGAGGCCGUUCCGGACAAAAUAUGACGGUCAAGCUUUUUCAAACACGUAAGAGGUAGCACAUACUCAUUUAGACCCAUGUCCGUGUGUUCCAUACUGAAUCGAAUUUGAAAGUAUUUUGUUUUAAGCUGGUGAAAAACCAUAGUACCCGGAGCGAAAAUUUCUCGGAACAAAGAAGAGAACCAACAACAUUGGUGGGAGGCUAGCGGUGUCACCCACUACACCACACUGGCACACAAGACACAGUAUUUUAUCACAUAUCAAUCACUCUAGGCUUAAGGUGGUAUCUUUAACUCUCUUUGGAUUCGAGUUGGUAAAAGCGUUAUACCGGAAAUAUAGAAUUAAAAUAACUCUUUAAAAUGGUUUAUUGAGCCCUCCUCACACUUCUCUUUUCAUGCAGUUCAUGUAGAAACUCUUACUGGCAGUGUUCAAGUGACAGAUGUAAGUUCACGAAGAUGAUAGAAGGUAAAGAUUAUGUAUAAAUAACGUUUAGUUUCUUUGAAAAUAUUUGUUUGGUCUCUUAAUGUUUUCAGCCUCUCGGCUAAUUCUUUUUAACGAGCUUACGUGACCGCUUGGAAGAGGUUUGUUAUUAGAGAGUUUAACCUUCACGUAUAAGGCAAACGGCAAACGUCAGAUUCUAGUUAUAGAUACAUGAAAGAGGUUUGUUUCAAAAGCCCAACUGUGGUGAUGCCCCCGUUUAAUCAAUUGAUCGAGUUGACUGAAUAAAGUUACUGUACCACGAGGGAAAAGAUUGAAAAGCUGACGUUUCCGUUUUUUUUUAUGGGUAGCACUCAUAUUGUUUCUUUCCCGGCGACUUUCGUCAGUUUCCGUUUAAGGAACAUAAUGGUCUUAAUCUUGUUUUUAAUGUUAAAAACAGUCUUGUUUUUAUUGAUUUUUGCUGUUAACUUGUUUUCUGUGCUUGUUCUCGCAGAGCCAUUAAAAAUGACACCCAAGUAAUCUACCAGCUUGCAGGACAGCACAUAUAGCUGGUGUGGCUAACUGUUUUAUUGCUUAUUUUUCUCUACUGUGGAUCCAGCAUUGCUAGGAAAUAAAUUUAAUAGCCAGAGAAAAACCUUCGUUAUUGUGUCUCAUAAAGGAGACAGCCGCAGACCUUUUUUUCUGUGUCUUAAGAUGGAACUGUAAUUAUUACAACAGUGGAAUUUUGGGAGACUCUCGACAUUUCAG